AGUGUCUAUUCAACAACUAACUACACAGGCUUAAUUUCAUCAAAUCUUAUCCAGUGAACUAUGAGUAUCAUUCAGUGAAAAAAGUUUGUAAAGACGAAAAGCAAUCUGAUACAAGUGAUAAAAGAUGAUCUACCUAGUAAUUUAUGCUGUUACUAUCGUGUUGGUUAUCAACGCUGACAAUACACCGCCAACUUCAAAUUAUCCUAUUCAACGUCCACAUCUUGACUGUAAUAUAACUCAACAAGGAUUUCAUCUUCGAUUACGUUGUGAUUUCCAUAAUUUUCCUGAGAAAUCAUUAGAAACUUGUCAACUUCAUGUACAUUUACCGUCAGGUUUUUAUAUUGAUCCAUAUGAAUUAGCCUCAAAUCAGCCUAAAUUGAACUUUUCCAUAAGUAAAUCAGUCAAUCAUAAUGAAAAUUCUCGAAUUGAUCGAUUUGUAAAGUGGUUGACAAAUGCAAAUAAAAAAACUGAUUCAACCAAUGGGAAUAAUAAUGAAGUAUUAAGUUAUAAUCAAGUGGAUAUUGAAGCUCCAGAAUGGCUUUCUCAACCAUUAACUUAUAAAUUUCAUACAAAUCAUUUAGAGGAUAAAAGUAAAUCAGAAGAGAAAAAUGCAGUCGGUUCAUUAGAUAUUCCUAUCCAUUUACGUUAUCAUCUACCGUUGACAAAAAGUGAAGAGCUUAAGAACACUGAACCUACUACUGAAAUCAAACAUCCUACUCUGAAUUGUCCAGAUGGCAGUAACAGUCAUAUUGUCGGCAAGAAUGAUAAAGAUUAUUUCCCGGUGAUUGUACCGAAACCUAAAGCUUCUGAUCUUAUAUAUGUAAUGCCUAUCACUAUUCUGCUUUUAGUUAUAGGCGUUGUAGUCCUCUUAAUGGCAUAAUUGCUUACUGCUCAACCUGUCAACUCUUUUCUCUUUCUUCUAAUAAUUAGCAACGGUAAAUAUAUACAUAAAUCUGCGAAUCCAUGACCCCAAGACAUUUUCAGAAAACUGGAAUCUCUUUGGAAAUAGUAUAUGUGAUAAUAUAAUAACCACUCAUUGUUCUUUUUAAUUUUGUUUUUGUAAUUUACUCCUCUCAGUGAAUGCGCUAGAGGUAAACUUUUAUUGUCAUAAAACUACUUGAAGUAUUCUCAUCUUUGUGUUGUGUUUAAUCAGCUGUUUUGAUCGAAAUGCAUAAUUGUAGCAGCUCAUCUGAUCUGUUACUAUAAAG